CCACACCACAUUUUCUUCUUCUUCAUUUCCACCCACACACCUUUCCAUCUUUACGAGCGCAGCUAAAUCGACCCAGAGAUGCGUGAGAUUCUGCACAUCCAAGGCGGCCAAUGCGGCAAUCAGAUCGGAUCCAAGUUCUGGGAGGUCGUGUGCGCCGAGCACGGGAUCGACUCCACCGGCCGCUACCAGGGCGAUUCCGAUCUGCAGCUCGAGCGCGUCAAUGUCUACUACAACGAGGCUAGCUGUGGACGGUUCGUCCCCCGAGCGGUCCUCAUGGAUCUGGAGCCCGGCACCAUGGAUUCCGUCAGAUCCGGCCCCUACGGCCAGAUCUUCCGCCCCGACAACUUCGUGUUCGGCCAGUCCGGCGCCGGAAACAAUUGGGCCAAGGGACACUACACCGAGGGCGCUGAACUCAUCGACUCCGUCCUGGACGUCGUCCGCAAGGAGGCCGAGAACUCCGAUUGCCUCCAAGGGUUUCAAGUGUGUCAUUCGCUGGGUGGAGGAACAGGGUCGGGCAUGGGGACGCUGUUGAUAUCGAAGAUAAGGGAGGAGUACCCUGACCGGAUGAUGUUAACUUUCUCCGUUUUUCCGUCGCCAAAGGUGUCCGACACGGUGGUGGAACCAUACAAUGCGACGCUCUCUGUGCAUCAGUUGGUUGAGAACGCUGAUGAGUGUAUGGUGUUGGAUAAUGAGGCUCUCUAUGACAUCUGUUUUCGCACUCUAAAGCUCACCACUCCAAGUUUUGGAGAUCUGAACCACUUGAUAUCAGCCACCAUGAGCGGUGUGACUUGCUGCCUUCGCUUCCCUGGUCAGCUAAACUCAGAUCUACGGAAGCUAGCAGUGAAUCUUAUACCUUUCCCCCGUCUCCACUUCUUUAUGGUUGGCUUUGCUCCACUUACUUCGCGUGGUUCACAGCAGUAUCGUUCCCUCACGGUCCCAGAACUCUCCCAACAGAUGUGGGAUUCCAAAAACAUGAUGUGUGCUGCUGAUCCCCGUCAUGGCAGGUAUCUGACUGCAUCAGCAGUGUUCCGUGGCAAGGUGAGCACAAAAGAGGUGGAUGAGCAGAUGAUGAAUGUCCAGAACAAGAACUCUUCCUACUUCGUGGAGUGGAUCCCAAACAAUGUCAAGUCCAGUGUCUGUGACAUUCCACCCACUGGUCUCAAGAUGGCAGCGACCUUCAUCGGCAACUCCACUUCCAUACAGGAGAUGUUCAGGAGGGUGAGCGAGCAGUUCACCGCCAUGUUCCGCCGGAAGGCCUUCUUGCAUUGGUACACCGGGGAGGGUAUGGAUGAGAUGGAGUUCACCGAAGCCGAGAGCAACAUGAACGACCUGGUGGCAGAGUACCAGCAGUAUCAGGACGCCACUGCUGACGAAGAAUACGAGGAAGAAGGUGAAGAAGGUGACUACCAGGAGGAAUCCUAAGCAUGGGUCUGAUCGAAUAUGGUAAGUUUUUAUGAAUGACUCUGUCUAUUGUUGGUCUAGUUGUGUUUUUUCAGGUUAUUAUGAUUGCUAUUUCCAAUAUUACUUGGAAUGAAGUGUUGCUUGUUAGUCCAAGUCCCUUAGAACAAAAUUUUAUUAAGCAUUUUUGUUAUAAAUAUUUACAAUAUUUUAAUGAACUCUAUAUUCGGCCAAAGUCAAUUUUGAACUUUGUAGAGCCCUUGUACCUUGUAUUUGAUUUUUAUUUUGACCAGAGUGAGAUUAAAAAAAACUGCUCUUU